AUGCCUCUGAAUACCACUUACUUGGAAUUGCAAGUGAGCAUCAAGAAACGACACAUUUUGGCCAUCGUUGUCAUAAACCUCAGCUUCAUGGAGAGAAGGCAGCUGCUGCAGUUGGUUCUGCUUCACACAGCCUGGUUGAUGGGGGGUGGCCAGCUCCAUUAUUCUGUGCCUGAGGAAUCCCAGCAUGGAACAUUUGUGGGCCGUAUUGCCCAGGACCUGGGGCUGGAGGUGGAGGAGCUGGUGCCUCGGAUGUUCCAGAUGGUAUCCAAAGGACAGGAGGAUUAUUUUGAGGUAAAUAUACAGAAUGGUAUUUUGUUUGUGAAUUCCCGAAUUGACAGGGAAGAGCUGUGUGCUCAGAGUCCCAUGUGCACCAUUCAUCUAGAGAUGAUUGUGGAUAAACCUCUCAAGAUCUUCCAUGCAGAGGUGGAGAUCAGGGACAUAAAUGACAAUGCUCCAAUUUUCCCAGUAAAUGAGCAUCAACUGUUUAUUUUGGAAUCUAGGCUGCCAGGCUCCUAUUUCCCACUAGAGGGAGCUUCAGAUGCUGAUAUUGGUUCAAAUGGUCUGCUAACCUACAUUCUUAGUCCAAAUUAUUAUUUUCAGCUACGUGAAGAAAAGCAUGGUAACCUCAGUAAAUCUUUAGCACUUGUGCUACAGAAUGCCCUGGAUCGAGAAAAAUUCUCUGUACACCAUUUAUUGCUCAUUGCCACUGAUGGGGGACUACCAGAGCUAACUGGUACAGUGCAACUGAAGAUAACUGUACUAGAUGCAAAUGAUAAUGUACCAGUGUUUAACCAGUCUGUAUAUGAGGUGCAUCUGCCAGAAAACAUCACAGAGGGAACAUCACUCCUUACUCUGACUGCUUAUGACUUGGAUGAAGGAACAAAUAAAGAAAUAGUAUAUUCUUUUAGUAAUAUGAUGCCUUCCCAUGUAAGGCAUAUUUUUUCUAUAGAUUCAAACACAGGUGAAAUCAAAAUGAAAGGAAAGAUAGACUUUGAAGAUAUUAACUUAUUUGAAUUACAAGUGGAAGCUGCUGAUCAAGGCUCAUACUCUAUGGUUGGACACUGCAAAGUUCUGAUCCAAGUUUUGGAUGUGAAUGACAAUGCUCCAGAACUGUCUGUGACAUCCCUUUCUGUGCCCAUUCCAGAGGACUCCUCAGUGGGGACAGUGGUGGCCCUGAUGAGUGUCUCGGAUAGGGAUGCAGGCAUCAAUGCUCAGGUGAGUUGCUCCCUAUGGCCUUCUGGGAUUCCCUUCAAGCUGGUAUCCACCUUCAAGAAUUACUACUCACUGGUGCUGGCUGAGCCCCUGGAUCGGGAGCAGGUGGCCGAGUACAGGCUCUCAGUGAUAAUUCAAGAUGAAGGGACUCCAUCACUUUCAGGCACCAACAGCCUACUGGUGCCCAUUGGUGAUAUAAAUGACAAUGCACCUGCUUUUGUACAGUCUUCCUACACAGUUUUUGUAAAGGAGAAUAAUCCACCAGGUGCUCACAUCUUCACAGUAUCUGCCUCAGACCCAGAUGUGGCUGAGAACAGCCUGGUCAGCUACUGGAUAGAUGAGAAGCUCUGGCCACUGUCAAGCUACAUCUCAGUGCACUCAGAGAGUGGGAAGCUCUAUGCCUUGCAGCCCUUGGACUAUGAAAAGCUGAAACUGUUGGAGUUUGAAGUGAGGGCCAAGGAUGCUGGGCUGCCCUCCUUGUGUGGCAAUGUGACAAUACAAGUCUUUGUGGUGGAUGAGAAUGACAAUGCACCUGAUGUGUCUAGGGCAGCAGAAGCUCCCAUCCUGCUGGUGGUCCCCGUGACUGCAGGACACAUAGUGGGCAAGAUCCAUGCCCUGGAUGCUGACUCAGGCUACAAUGCAUGGCUGUGCUAUGAACUGCAUGGAGGAAGUAGUAGUUCCUGGCGGGUUGGCCUUUACAGUGGUGAGAUUAGUACUACGCAUGCCCUGGAUGAGGCAGAGAGUAUAGGCAGUAGCAUGAUUCUGUUGGUGCUGGUGAGGGACCAUGGCAAGCCUGUGCUGUCAGUCACAGCCACAUUGAGUAUUUCACUGGUAGCAAGCACUCAGGCCGUUCAGGCUGAUGUCCGUCUCCCCAGAAUGGGAGGUAGCCUGAAGCCUGUGGAGGACAUUACAAACAUCUUCCUGAUCAUUGCCAUCUGCUCAGUGUCCAGCUUGUUCCUGCUAGCCGUCAUUGUAUAUGUGGCUCUGCGAUGCCGGUCUCAGCUCAAGGAUGCUGCCAUGUAUGCUCCAGGCACAGCCACACUAGUGUGUGCAAGUGAAGUGGGCAGCUGGUCAUAUUCACAACGCCAUAGUCGGAACCUGGGAUGUAUGGCUGGGGAAGCUGGUGUCAAGAGUGACCUCAUGGUUUUCAGUCCCCAUAUUCCCAUCUUUGCUGUGAAUCCAGGGGUGGGAAAUGGAAAGGAGCUUGAUCCACACUUAUCUGGAGAGGUGAGUUAUGUGAAAACCUUAAGAUCCCUGUAA